GUUAGCUGUUAGACAGAACUUUGCCACAGAAAAAAAAGAUAUAUAUCAACCAUACGCGCAUCAAAAACGGAGAUUGCUGCUGCUCCACCUAUCUCGUUUCCUGUUGCCUUAUCGAUUCCUAAGCCCGGCCGACUCGGCGCUGUCUUUUCUCCUUACCAUUCUCAUUUCUCAUUUCCCAUUUCCCAUUCCAUUUCCCAUUUCCCCCCACCUUUACCAUUAGCGCUCAACCCCGUAAAACCCCAAAACCCAACCUUUUUUUUGCCAAAAAAACCCAAAAAAAAUUUCACAUCUUCCAAAAAGCAAUAACGAGCGCCAGAGCUGAAAAUGGGAGUUGACUACUAUAACAUUCUAAGAAUCAGCCGUAACGCGAAGGAAGAGGACCUCAAAAAGUCCUACAAACGCCUCGCCAUGAGGUGGCACCCUGACAAGAACCCUGUCAACAAGAAAGACGCGGAGGCUAAAUUCAAGCAAAUUUCUGAGGCCUACGACGUCCUCAGCGACCCGCAAAAGCGUCAGAUCUAUGAUCUGUGCGGUGAAGAAGGCCUUAAGUCAGCUGAACUAUCCAGCCCUAGUGGGUUUAGUGAUGGCGGCGGUGUCGGUCGUGGGACCUACAGGUUUAAUCUGAGGAAUGGGGAUGAUAUAUUUGCGGAGUUUUUUGAGUCACGAGAAAGAGGUUUUAUGGAGAUGUGGAUGCGUUGGAGUCAAGGGAACAAGAAGGCGGCGCCUGUUGAAAGCAAGUUGGUUUGUAGUUUGGAGGAGCUUUAUAAAGGGGGUAGGAGAAAAUUGCGGAUUUCCCAUACUGUUCCUGAUGAAUUUGGUAAGCCACAGACCGUGGAGGAAAUUUUAAAAAUAGAUAUCGAACCUGGCUGGAAGAAGGGCACAAAAAUUACAUUUCCUGAGAAAGGAAACCAUGAACCUGGUGUCACUCCAGCUGAUCUUAUCUUUGUGGUAGAUGAGAAACCCCAUGCUAUUUUCAAGAGGGAUGGGAACGAUCUGGUUGUCAAUCAGAAAAUCUCUCUUCUUGAGGCCCUCACUGGGAUUACCCUCAGUUUGACAACCUUGGAUGGAAGAAAUCUCACAAUCCCAGUUUUAGAUGUUGUGAAACCAGGUCAUGAGGUGAUGAUCCCAAACGAAGGGAUGCCGAUCUCAAAAGAACCCAGCAAGAAGGGACACCUUAAAAUCAAAUUUGAGAUCAUUUUUCCAUCAACGCUCACUGCAGAGCAGAAGUUUGAUCUGAAGAGGACGUUGGGUGGAGCUGGUAAAUAGUCAAGCAGUCCAUGCCCGAGGCCACAACCAUCUAUUGACACUUAUUGAUAUUGAUAGUCAACUGAAUCUAAAUAGUUUUAAUUUUAAUUCUCAACUACUAAAGGGGAGAGAUUGUGCAUGGUAGGAAACUAGUUUGAAGGGUUACAAACAGUGUUUGAUAGCAUGCCCUAUCUGCCACUCUAUUCUAAUUGAAAUUUUGUGUACUUGUAUUUAGCGUAGUUUUAUGCUGGAAGUUGCAGGAAAGACCUUUUGUUUUGGGAAUGACGAAUUUUAAUGUAUUGACUUGUUUCAAAUUCAA